UUUUUCUGCUAACGAGAGGCUUAGAAAAGAUCAGACUUUAAUUUUGUCCUCACCCUCCGAUCCAUUUGCAAAUUAAACAAAUGCAGUUAUUCACCCUCCAUUCUAUUCCAGUUUAGAGGAUUAUUGAGAAGAUAGAUCGAGAAGGAAGGAAAAAAUGGCAUCCAGAUUCUUGCUUCUUGCCCUCAUCUUCUGCUACUUAAGCCUCAAUAAUAAUGUUUAUUCGAUUCAGCCUCAACAAAUAAUACCUAACCUUAAGUUUCCGGCAAAGAAAGUUGACCCAAAGCUGAUUGCCACCGCAUGCGAUCACAGCAAGGGCGGUGAGGCUUGUGUGAAGUGGUUGAAUGACAAGGAAAACGAUCCGGAGAUUUCUCUCAUCGAAAUAAAUGAUAUGCGCGACCUUGCCUUUUUCGCGCUCAAGAAGAUUGAGAAAGAGGCGGUGAACGUGUCGGAGGCGGUGGAGAUGAAACUAAACAACGGGAGCGAGGUGUUGCCGCCGGAGACCCAGCAGGGCCUCAGCGAUUGCAGAGAGCAUUACGUUCCGGCGGUGGAUUUGAUCGAGGAAGCCGUGGACUCCGUCGGCAACAAGGCAUUCCCCGACGCCGUUAAAUUCCUCCAAGAUGCCAUUCUCGACCUCAACGCCUGCGAGGAGAGCCUCAAAAAGAUCACAACCGACCCAACCACCAAGAAUCCGACCAAAGCCGACCAGUAUGCUACCAUGGCCAUCAACCACCGCGAUGUUCUUGAGUCUCACGUCGUCAUAACUCAAAGCAUUCUUAAUUUGGCUGCUAGUGGCGGUGGCGGCGGCGGCGGCGCCCCCGCUGCAGCCCCGUCCUCUUAAUUUCAACCCCACGCCACGUCAGGAAAAAAUAAAUAUUUCACCUUAUUGCAUGUAACACAGAUUAUGUGAUCCAAUUCUCAACCAAUCAGCAAGUUAUCUAUCUAAUAGAUUCAAAGAUUCACGGCUGAUAAUAACGCCGCCACUUGACUUGCUUCAAGUUUGUAGACAAAAUCAUAUUUGAAAUCAUUGAUAUAAUUUCAUUUCAUUAA